GUCAAAAAUUAAAAAGUUAGAAGAAGUAGUCUAUGUAUCGUCGAGAAACUUUGCGUGUGUGAUCUAGAAAGAUUAUUUAUAAUUCCUGUUUUAAUUAUAGAUUUCUUUAAGUUUUGUGCAUCCCAAAGUUAGUUAGUAGUGAGCGCGAGUGAAACGCGACGCUGUGUUGGCGUACCACGAAUGCGGAAACAUGUGUUUUGAUGUGAAUAUUUUUUGAUGAUACAUGACAAGUGGACAACAAACCGUGGUUUUACUAGGAAUACACCCGCAGGGAUUGUCGUUUGGAGUGAUAAAAACCUUUAUUAGAACGUCUGUAGUGUCUAGCGACGUGGUGAACUGUUGGGGAGGCAGUGGGAGUGGUAAAGUUAGUGACUUCCGGUCGUCAUGUUUGCCUGCCGCUGAAGAGUCAAUCUGUAUUCGAGUAAGGUCCCACCGCAGGCAUGGCGAACACAGGAAUAGGGUCGUUCGACCCGAGCGACAUGAACCGUUGGUACUUCCGGGAUCUGUCGCGCGCCGAAGCCACGCGACUCUUGCUCAACGAGACUGAGAGCGGCGUCUUCCUCGUCAGGGAUUCAAGGACCAUCACCGGCGACUAUGUUUUAUGUGUACGAGAAAACGACCGCGUAUCACACUACAUAAUAAACAGGAUCGUGUCUUCCGACGGGUCCACGACGUACCGCAUCGGCGAUAAGAUGUUCACGGACAUGACGUCGCUGCUCGCGUUUUACCGGCUCCACUUCCUGGACACGACGCCGCUGAUCCGGCCGCUGCCGCAGAGCCUCGCGAAGGUGGUGGCGCCGCCGCAGCAGCCGCACCAGGUGCUCGAGCUGGUGCUGGCCAAGUUCGACUUCGCUGGCAAUGACGCGGACGACCUGCCGUUCCGUCGUGGUGAGAGGCUGAUGGUGAUCAACCGCGACGAGGAGCAGUGGUGGACGGCGCGCAACAGCCAGGGACGCACCGGGUCCAUACCGGUGCCAUACGUGCAGAGAAUCCUGGACCCGUCCGGGAUGCCGUACCCGCCGUCGGAAGCGCUCAGCCACCUCGGCGACCCGCCCAGCCCCCCCACAAACAAACACCCGCAACAACGCACAAAUAUGCAACGCACACUGCCCGCACUGGCGCGCGUUAGACAGACAAGAAUACCGAACGCGUAUGACAAAACCGCGCUCAAACUAGAGGAGGGAGAUAUUAUCAAGGUGACAAAGAUCAACAUAAACGGCCAAUGGGAGGGGGAGCUGAACGGCAGGAUCGGACACUUCCCGUUCACAUACGUGGAGUUCCUCGACGAGAACACCACCAGCUAAGCGCUCAGUGAGUUUGGACAUAGUGUGUGCCGAUGUACGGGCCUUACAACAGGCGAAACGAGUUUAUUGUUAUUAGAUUUGUGGGUCGGGUUGGGUUUGUUGGCCAUUUGACGGUCACAAUGGUCAUCAUCAUCAUCAUCAUCAUCAUCAGCCUACAGCUGUCCACUGCUGAACAUAGGCCUCCCCUAAAGCGCGCCACGCUGUUCGGUCCUCCGCUCUCCUCAUCCAGCGUCCACCGGCGAUCCUACGUAUACAAAGCAAAUUACCACAAUGGUCACAAUGUGGUAAUUUGCUUUGUAACAGCAGUGCUUAUAUAUAGAUCAUUUCAUCGACGAAGACGCGCUCCAACACCUUUACAGCGAGGGAACGGAGUAUGGGGGCUGAUCCAAGCACUUUUCUCGAAGCUAUCCAUGUGUGUGCACACUAUUGGGAAAAGCAUUCGGGUGCGUCUUCGUCGAUAAAUAAUGAGACAGAGCACUCAAACGCACGACAUAAUUUAGUUACAAAAUAUGCGCAACCUUUACAGCGAGGGUGUAGCGGAGUAAGAGGGCUGAUACAAAUAUUUCGAAGCUGUCCAUGGGUUGUGUGUGUGUACUCAUGCUGAUGCACACUAUUGGGAAAAGCAUUUAGACGCGUCUUCAUCGAUAAAAUGUUCUAUAACUGAGACAGAGCAUUCAAAUGCCCGGAAAUAUUGUUUAGUUACAAAAUGCGCAGUCGACGUCUGGAGACGUUUCAUAAUUUAUUUUACUGGCAACAAUAUAAGUAUACAACAGUUGUACUGUUGCUUUUUUGUAAGAAAGUUGGGAAUCACACUGCGGUAAGAAUAGUGUAUAAGCUAUGACUAGUUGGCAAUUUUUUUACUAUAAACAAUGUACUCGUUUCGCCAAUGUUGUUAUUACCGGAUCUAAUGUAAGCUUUUAGCUAAAUUUAAAGUUAUAAUGCGGCUAAAAUGGUGUCGUAACUUCGCCGGCCUUUUUUCGCGACGGAAUUUCCAUUUAACGAUAUGAAUUUAUUGAGUACUGUUAAAGAAUUUAUUAAUUUAACUGGAAACCUGGUUUUACCCAAAUUUACAUUUAUUGUAUUCUAAAAAAAAAUCAGGAAAAAAGUACUACGAAAUUUCAUAUACAGUCUCAUUAAGUAAAACACUAUCAGUGCAUAUAUAGUGGAUUUACUUGAAGAAAGAUCGGCGAUGUAGCGUGACGUGGUCAAAAACCAACCCCUUACGAAUAACCCCUAUUUUACCUUUUUUUAUGACUUGUGCAGCACUAAUACGCUGUCGGUAUAACACGUUUUAUAACGUUUUGAUAAAUAUCGUUGCAUAUGUGACGUAAUAGUACGUCGUUCGGGGCAGGCGCGUACGCAACUUGUGCGAAAACGUGUAAAGACGUCCAAAGUGACAAACAAUUUUUUUUACAUAAUUUAUAUUAUGUUCAGGGAAAGGAAAAGUACAUAUGUAAUCAUCGUUUAGAAUUGUCAUUUACGGCAAAUGCAAUAUGAAAAUUUUAAAGGGGGAAGAAAUUUUAUUACUAAAAACGCUUUUUUAAAAAUAACGUUAUGCAGUAUUAACCCACCCAGAAAAUAAAGUAAAAAAAAUAUUUUGUUAUAUAAAAAAAACUUCCAACCUGCCCGACAAAUGACAAAGUAAUUACGUUACCUAGGCAACGAAAUAAUUUUUGAGAUUUUUAUUUUAUUUUUACACUGUUUUACUAAACCCAUCGGGGUUAUAUCGACCGUCGCGGCUGGUUAUUUUUUUUUUUUAUAAACUUUUGAGAUUAUUACUAUGAAUAUCAGUUUAAAGUGUUUGCCACUGUAAUAACGCUGUUCGAUUCUCUUUCAUGUCAAAAUGUAUAUUGAUAAGCACACUAGCGCCACAAUAGACAUUGGAUUAAGUUAUUGACGGAUUUAUACGUCCUAUUGUGUGUAUUGAACUAUCGGAAUGCUUAGCGCGAUAUUUAUUUACGUCAAAUUUGAAAUAAAUACUGUCAGUGUAUUUAAUUAUUGAACUAUAUUUUCAAUACAAUACAUGGCGUAUUUAUUCCAUAAAAAUUGCAUUUAAUGUUGACUCGAUGUAAAAAAGUUAGAACUAAACACUUAGGUCCUCGACGUGACUGCACGUCCUUUUAGAUCGUGAUAUGGAGGAAGCUAAAACGGACAUAUGUCCUGUCUAAUGUGGUGUUAGAUUAAAGUAAGAUAUCUAAAUUGUUUCCAGCUAGCUAUUUCUUAAUCAGAAUAUUAACUAUGUAUAAAUGUUAACUCAAAAGUGGGUGAUACAUAGUGAAUAAUUUGACUUUUGCUAAUAUCUCCAAUAAUCUUAAUAUCUCAAUUUUGGCAACGUCGCAGCGCAAGAGACUUUAAUUGAGGAUUAACAUUAAUGAAGGAAUUAGUAUGAAAGGAUAACUAAAGUUGAUUUGUUCUAAAAUUAAAAGUUAUUCGUAACUACAAAAUGUUUUAAAAUUGGGAAUCAAAUAUUUUUAUACGAUUUCCUAUAUUAAUAUGUAAUCAUAAAGUUUGUCGAUCUAUAAGACCGGCGUAUAUCGGGCUCGCAAUGGCUUUAAAUGGGUCUGUUUUCUAAUACAGCCUUGUUAUCGAAAUCAAAUAUGUAAGGCUUGGGUUUUCUAGGCUAGCGACACUGUCGGAUAGCGGUCGCAAAAUUAACGUAUGAAAAAAUAUGACGACGUAGUUUACCUGAAAGUUCGGGAUGGAUUUUUACGUCCGCCAAAUUGCGGCUGCUAUGUAUUUAACCCAAUUAAUUAAAUCAGUUUAACAAAGUUGAUAAAUUGUCUAACUAAAUAUUGUGACGUAUAAUGACGUCGCUAUCCUCGAAAACUCAAGUUGAAGUCAUAAAACUUAGUUAUAUUAUUCAGUUACCUUAAGUAUGUGCUAAGUCUUAACACGAUUUAUCAUGGAAUUGGUCAUGGAAUCACAUCGAAACUCAUGAAAUUGAUUAAACUGUAAGUGUAAAUUUAGUGCUCAUUUAUUUAUAUAUGAGAAUGUGUGCCGGUGUUUCACUUGCGGAACUACAGAGCAAGCUAUCCCCUGAGAUAUAUCUAAGACAUUGAUUUGUCUAGAUAGACGGUAUAUUUGUCUAUGAUAGAUGCUUCGCUAUUGUAUAUCGUGUAGGCAAGCUGGUUCGCUAGAAUCACAAGCCCAAAGCGAUUUACUAUUGCAUUUAUAAUUUCCACAAUGGAACACCGGUAGAGUAUGAAGGAAUUGUAUAUUACUCAUUUUUACUAUAUCAAUAUAACUUGUAGCUGUAGUUGUUAUUUUGAAACGGAUUACAAAACUCUAAGUUAGCUUUUCUAAUGAGUACCAGAUGAUGUGUUUAGUGAACUAACCUCGACGUAUAUGGACGUCUAUAAUUUUCAAUUGACAUUUAAUAAGGGACAGCUUUAUGUAAAACACAGCAUUUUGAUAAUGCAUUUAUUAUAAAAUAUAGAUGGAAGAUUUUGAUAUUUGUUUUAUUGAUUUAUUCGUGCAAUAACGAGCAUUUAUAAUUUUACUACGAAAAUCGACUGGCUUACCUGAAUGUCUUUAUAUUGUAAAUAAUCGCACUUAAAUGCAUCAUCUGGGACUGUGGCCUUGAACCUGGUGGCGUGACCUUGAACUGGAUCAAGGUCAAGGUCACGCGGUACAGUCGCCAAAUAAAAUAACACAAAUGUAAGUCGAUAUGUCUAUCUGCUGGUGCACAUAGUAAUUAGAAUUAGUAUUAAUUCGUGGAAAAAAGCGUUUGGUGACAUUGUUUUAACAGAUUUAAAACGUAUCAUAUUUUUAUAAUGCUUAAUGGUAUAACUACAGACCACUGGCUCACUAUUACAAGGUUCUAAAUUGAGUUAUACAUACAUUAAAUAAUUCUACGACUUUUUAAUUCUCAAAAAGCCCAAAAGGUAAAUAAAGAGGGAAACAUAAAUUACAGAUUUCAAAUGAUUAUAAACAUAAAAAUUUAUAAUCUCAUUUUUCUAAUAUAAAUUAAAAUUAACAUAGGACUUUGUAAUAAUGAUCCAGCGAUGCGUAAUUGCCUUAUAAACGCAUGAAUAUUUUGUACUAUGAAUUCGCAUAUUUAUUGCAUUUUAAUAAUAAGGCAGUAUAGGCAAUGUCAUUGUAGACAUAUUUAUAAAAAAAAAAAACUUUAUAUUCACAAGGCAUAAACCUGGCACGUUGAGGCUUGAAAAAAAAAUGCAGCUGAAAUAAAAUAAUGCAAAAGGUCAGUAAUGUAGGCUGUAUGAAACAAUGUCCCCAGCCUCAAUCAUUUAUUUAAAAGUAUUUAACUUGUAUCUAGCAAGGCACGAGCGGUGUCCACACCAAAUGUUAUUCAUUGUAUAAAAUCAUAACAUUGAAACAUAACUUGUAUGAUAUGCAUAUUAAUGUAUACUUUAAGAGGGGUUUUUUUGUUUCCCGUAAAUAAAAACUAAUAAUAAAAUAUAGGAAGGAAGACGUU